GCCGGUAUUGCUACUCCGAUCGUGUAUCACAGACUUUUGCAUCAGCUUGAAGAUUUUACUCAAAUUUUUAUUGAUUGCUUUUUUGUGCUCGAGUUUAAUUCAAAUCGAUUACACGCGGUUACUUAACCUUGAACGGGGCGGUAAUGUUUAUCUAUCAAAAGCGCCCAACGUCUCGCAUCCGCGUAUCUUUUGUCUAAUUUUCACCAGCGUUGAGCGGCAUGAAUACAUUGCGAUUCAUGGCCUAAGUACUUGGAUUAAAAAUUGUGAUCGUUACCUAUUCGUGAGUAAUAAAAUGCAUGCAGUUCUGGAACCGUUGGUAAUCCAGAAUCGCUACCGCUGGGGCUCAAUAUUAAUUAGCUUCAGCUACGUUUAUAGAUAUUAUGCUGAUGAAAUCGACUGGCUGCUGAAAGUUAAUGAUGAUAACUUUGUAAUAUUAGAAAAUCUGCGUAAAAUGCUUUUGCCAUACUCCCCUGAUGAUCCACUCAAUUUUGGUUGCAAGAUGAAGGAUGACGAAAAUCAGACAUACAUGCAUGGCGGUUAUGUCCUCAGCCGUGAAGCAUUAUAUCGCCUUGUCACGGAUAGCUUCACAAACUCAAGUCUGUGUUACCUGCAAGAUAGUCCUGACGAUGACCUAGAGUUGGGUAGAUGUCUGCGAAAUGUUGGCGUUGUUGCUGGAGACAGUCGUGAUGCUAUGGGUCGCCAGCGGUUUAUGCCAUUUCCACCGGAGGAAUAUUUGGUAGACCUUAAACCAGAUAAGCAGGAAUGGUUCGUGAAUCGCUCCUACUACGAAAUUAAUGCCACUACGAGACAGAUGGCAAGAGAUGCAAUUUCGUUUUAUAAUGUGAAUGCUCCAAUAAUGGUCACACUGGAUUACUAUUUAUAUAAAAUGAGAAUUUUCGGAAGAAAAAAAUCUACACCGAACGCAAAUAAAACGAAGCUAACAACUCCAGGCAACUGA